UAAAAUUUCAUUUUUUCAGAUUAUGCAAUAUUAAUAUUCAAGCAUUGUUUGGAGAGAAGGCGAACGAUAAAUAUUCCAAAGUAUUUGCUCUUUCUCCAUGAUAGCAGAACGUCUUCGGGGUCCUCCUCCUGCCCUUAGGUUGGGCCCUUCUGCUGGUUCUAGUCCAGAAACUAUUUCACAAGCAGCUCCUGUUCGUAGGUCACCUGCACCUGUUACUUCAUUGACAUCAUCAUCGUCAUCAUCACAAGCUCCACCACCACCUCGUCGACCAACAGUUCUUCACGGGAGAUCAUGUUUAAAUGUUUCCAGAACUGAAUAUGUUUUAGGAACACAAGAACCAUUAAUAGUGUCAUGGGAUAUCAAAGAAGAAAUUUCACCUUCAGAUUGGAUUGGACUGUACAGAACAGAUGAAACUGAUCCUUCUCACUUCUUAGAAUAUAAAAACAAACGAUCAUCAAAUACACAGAAAGGUCAGGUGACAUGGAUAAUAGAAACUGAAACUCUUUUUACAGAAGAUGUGACCAAUGUAUGUUUUCGAUAUUAUCAUGGCAGCACUGGAAUAUUAAGAGCAGUCAGUCCUGUUGUAACUGUGAAGAGAUUGAAUGAUGCUGCUUCAUCACAGAAUGGUCUUACUAAUGAGGAAGUUCUGUUGGGUUAUUCUUCACAGCAGUAUCCAGUAGAAAUGGUUAGAUUUACACUUUCAAAUCUUCAUGCUAGAAAUCUUAAGAAAGGAAUGUUCUUUAGUCCUGAUCCCUAUGUUAAAAUAUCAGUUCAGCCAGGUAAAGGGGAAGGUGUUUUAUUACUUCCUCAUCAUGGACAAGUUUGUCGAACAGGUAUUGCAGAAUCAACUACUCAUCCUUCUUGGCCUGGACAAGUAAGAUACUUUUGUUAUUAUGUCAAUUUUUAGUAAAUAUUAAAAAUAGAUCUC